AUGGGUAGCAUAAACAAGCGGUACACUUUGAAAAAGAAGCGGUACACUUUGAAAAAGAAGCGGUACACUUUGAAAAAGAAGCGGUACACCUUAGAAAAGAAGCGGUACACCUUAGAAAAGAAGCGGUACACUUUGAAAAAGAAGCGGUACACCUUAGAAAAGAAGCGGUACACUUUAAAAAAGAAGCGGUACACCUUAGAAAAGAAGCAGUACACUUUAAAAAAGAAGCGGUACACUUUAAAAAAGAAGCGGUACACUUUAAAAAAGAAGCGGUACACUUUGAAAAAGAAGCGGUACACUUUGAAAAAGAAGCGGUACACCUUAGAAAAGAAGCGGUACACUUUAAAAAAGAAGCAGUACACUUUAAAAAAGAAGCGGUACACUUUAAAAAAGAAGCGGUACACUUUAAAAAAGAAGCGGUACACUUUGAAAAAGAAGCGGUACACCUUAGAAAAGAAGCGGUACACUUUGAAAAAGAAGCGGUACACUUUGAAAAAGAAGCGGUACACUUUAAAAAAGAAGCGGUACACUUUAAAAAAGAAGCGGUACACUUUGAAAAAGAAGCGGUACACUUUGAAAAAGAAGCGGUACACCUUAUAAAAGAAGCGGUACACUUUGAAAAAGAAGCGGUACACUUUGAAAAAGAAGCGGUACACCUUAGAAAAGAAGCGGUACACUUUAAAAAAGAAGCGGUACACCUUAUAAAAGAAGCGGUACACUUUAAAAAAGAAGCGGUACAUCUUAUGAAAGAAGCGGUACACCUUAGAAAAGAAGCGGUACACUUUAAAAAAGAAGCGGUACACUUUAAAAAAGAAGCGGUACACUUUAAAAAAGAAGCGGUACACCUUAUAAAAGAAGCGGUACACUUUGAAAAAGAAGUGGUACA